CACCUUUUCCUCUAUAGAUUCACAUACGCCAUAACGAUUCGCACAGUCAAGACAAUACGUCGACUUGCUGGAGACGGCUUUGCACUCAACAUGCACCUCCUUUCACUUUACACCGCACUCUCCCUCUACAUCUUUCCUCUUUGCUCAGCUCAAGUUGCCGCUGUGGAGAAAGUAUGGGCGGCUUUCGUCUUCACAACCUAUGGUGAUUCGACUCCCCGUGUGCUGCCGUACACUCCAACAUUGACCACACUAGGGGCUCAACAACUGGUAGAGGUAGGCUCAGCCGUCCGACUUCUGUAUCCACCCGGGACGAUACCAGGCAACAUUUCGCUCUUCUCGAUGGUGUCGGAUGAGCUCUUUAUUCUCUCUAGGCCGGACCAUCCCAUGGCUGCUUCAGCUCAGGCAUUCAUGCAAGGAUUCUUUCCUCCUACGUCGGGUUCAUCAAACAACACCGAGAUUCCGGCACUAGCAAACGUGGUGAAUGGGUCCGUCCUGGAAUCCCCGCUCGGGGGAUAUCAGUAUCCACCAAUCCUUACACCGACCUUCAGGGACCCAACCAGCGUUUACCUUGCGGGCCAGGUCAACUGCGAAGCCUACGUCGCUUCGUUUGCGCAGUGGCUAGGCACUAACGAGGUCCUCGCGAUGAAUGCAGCAAGUGCUUCAUUCUAUGCUAGAAUUUAUCGCCUUGCUUUACAGGGAGUGUUUGUCAGGGAGUCCGUCAGCUUUUUUAAUUCAUACGCUAUUUACGAGUAUCUCAACUAUCAAUAUAUCCACAAUUCGACUUUCCGGGAAGUAAUUUCGAUGGAGGAGGUGAUGUAUGCGCGCUUCCUCGCUUCUCAGUGGGUUUCCGCGGCAAACGGCAACGUCAACACAAACGGGACGCUCGACGCCCAAGAUCGCAUGAUCCUCCAUGUAGCAGGGAAAACUAUGGCAAGGCUCAUCGUCAGUGCUUUUGAGACCAAUUACGGCACAGACGGCGCUUCCAACAAGCUGACGAUGGCAUUUGGCAGCCAUGAGCCAAUAAUGUCCUUUGCUCUCUUAUCCGGAUUGACGUCUAAUGGACAGAGCAACUUCUACAGCCUGCCCAACCCGGGGUCUUCGAUGAUCUUCGAGCUUUUUAGUAUGGAAUCUGGUAAUUCCUCCAGGGCAUACCCUUCCCAAACUGAUCUAAUGGUCCGCUUCCUUUUCCGGAAUGGGACAAAUGAAACAUUUAUAUCGUACCCCUUGUUCAACCAAGCGCCUUCUCAGCCAGGCAUACCCUACCAGGCCUUCAAGAAUGACAUGGUGGAUAUCAUGAUGGGUGUCUCGCAAUGGUGCCUCGCCUGUGGUAGUGAUUCUACCGUCUUCUGUCCUGCCUAUGUCCCUAAUUUUGGAGGAACUUUGCGUUCUGGCUCGCGAUCCUUGAAACCAGCAGUAGCGGGAGUGAUUGGUGCUGUGGUCACUUUGGCCGUGACGGCACUUGCCGGCGCACUUGUCUGGUGGCUUUUUGGACUCCGUCUCCAUCGCAGCAUCACGCGUCGCAAGCCAGACCUUGGCGGCUUCAAGGGCGGGGAUAAGCUCGCGAGUGAUCCCGAUCUACUGAGCUGGAAGGGGAACAAACCUGAAAACGUGAUUGUUUCCAUUGGGAAGGGGAAUACUGAUGCUUCUAACUCCGCCGCUGCCCGUGGACAUGAGAGAGCCGGUAGUUGGGAAAUGCGGAGCAAACUAACAUCUGCUGCAGCUGACAAUAACAAUGCAAAUGCAAAUAAUGGAAGCACACGGGUGCGGCGGAGCUUUGACGAUGAUGAUAUCACAGUCGUUCAUAGUACCGAGCCUGUGAAGGUUUACGAACAUGUUUGA